AGAGAUGUUAAUGAGUGUAAAAAUUUUCAAUUACGUUGCGUGCGAAUGUUGAUGAAACCAGGAACAGAUGCCGACUUGUUCCUGCGUGUCGAUCGAUCGAACACUUACGACGAAUUUAAGGAAAAUUUUGUAAAGACAUUCGGUCGUGGCAGUUCAACUGCUGAUAUUGUACUGCUGUUAAAAGAAACUAUUUUUAACCCUGGAAAAAACUCCGUUAUGGGAUACAUACUCCUCAUGGAGGAAAUCGCUAUGCGUGCUAACAUCGAGGAAAAAUUGACAGUCCAGUUCAUAAUUGAUGGUUUUCGCGAUCGUUCAGCCAAUAUCGCUCUAUUGUACACGGCAACCACAAUUGGACCAUUGAAGGAGUUGGCACGGAAAUAUGAAAACCUAAAAAAAAAGUCCCAACAUUUUUCGCACCGCCCAGAAACCACUGGAAAAGAUCGGAACACAAUCCGCUGCUACAAUUGUUCCGCUUAUGGGCAUUACGCUUCGUCAUGUACUGCGUCGAAGCGCGAGAAGGGAUCCUGCUUCCGAUGUGGAUCCCUCCAGCAUAUGCUAAAGGAUUGCCAACAGAAGCCAGCAAGUAAUCCGAGAAUGGUGGGAGCAGCCAACAACCAGCCGAUACGGGAUGACGAAGUGGAGCCCAAUAUGUUUAUUCCUAUUAUUAACCAGCGCCAUUAAUUUAAUUCAGCACGCUGCCAUUCCCUAUAAAAACUUUAGCGAUGUAUUGUUUCCGACUGAUUACUGUGGAGUUAAUGGAUUUAAGAUUAAUACAUUCGGGAAAAUAUUUGUUAGACUCGUUUUUCAAAACACAGAAGAAGAAAUCUUAUUUUUUGUUGUACCCAACAACUAUGUUGCAACUAAUGUUCUCUUAGGCCGUAAGUUUCUGGAAAAAUUUGGAAUAAAGUUGAUUUCUAAAGAUACGAUAAAAGAAAUUAAAGAAUUGGAUUUAUUUAAGAAUAGUGAAUCAUUGAACAGAUUGAACAUUGACAGUGAACCAUUGAAAAGAGUAGUGAAUAUUGAACCAUUGAAUACAUUAGA